AUGUGUAAUUCAUGUCAUUUACAAACCGAUAUUAAAUUAUUUCAUUGUUCACAUAAAGGAUUAACAACAUUACCUGGAUUUAUAAAUGAAAAUACAAUUGAAUUAGAUUUAUCAUAUAAUUAUAUUGAAAUAUUACAUGAAGAUAGUUUUACACGUUUACAAAAUAUACGUAAAUUAAUUUUAGCUCAUAAUAGAAUAUAUAAAAUUACUGAACGUGCAUUUCUACCGAUUGUUAAUUCAUUAAUUUGGUUAGAUUUAAGAUUUAAUCAAUUAACAUCAAAUUUUCAUAAUCCAUUCCCUGUAUUAGCAUUUUCUCAACUUAUUCAUGUUCGUUAUUUAGAUUUAAGUGGUAAUGAAUUGAGUUAUUUACCAGCAAGAUUUUUAUAUGGUAUGGGUAUGAGUUUAAAUCGAUUAGAAAUGAGUUUAUUAUCAAAUAAAAUUUAUACAGAACCAGAUACAUUUAAUGGUUUAAAUCGAUUACAUCAUUUAAAUCUUGCUCAUAAUAUAUUUGCUAAUCUUAUGGAAGAUGCAUUGCAUGGUCUAAGACCAGAACAUUUUUCUUAUUUAAAUUUAGAAGGUGUAAAAUGGAUAUGUGAUUGCCAAAUAUUAUGGUUUCGUCAAUGGUUAAAUCGAUUACCAAAAAAAGCUUUAUAUGUUAAUUCAAAACCGGGUGGAGAAUGUGAUUCACCAUUACAAUAUCAAAAUGUGGCAUUAAUGUAUUUAAAUUUAACCUCAUUACAAUGUGAACCGGAAUUAAUGCAUACCGUACCAUCUCAUCAUGGUGAUAAAAAUGAUAAAAAUAACGUGAAAAUGAAUCUUACUGAUCAUGUCACCACACCAAUUCAUGUAUAUGGUAUACAAGGCGAAAAUUUGACGUUAGUUUGUUCAUUUAUUAGUGAACCAAAAAUGCAUAUUCAAUGGUUUUACAAUGGGAUAUUAAUACAACCACAUUGGUCACAUAUUAUUCAAACUGUUAGUCCUGGAAUAAAAUUUACGACUACAUUAUUUUUUAAACAAUUAGAUAAAACUAUGGAUGAAGGUUAUUACAAAUGUCAAGCUAGUAAUUAUAAAGGUCAGGCUUCAGCUACAUUCUAUGUUCAUGUACAAAAAUCAAAUGAAAAAAGUAAUCAGUUACAGUUAUUUAACGAAAAUUUAAACAAUGAAGUAGAUUAUACUUUUUUAUUUAAUCCGAUUAUAAUUACUAUCUUUAUCGUAGUAUUUAAUGUUACUUUUAUAAUAAUUGGUUUAUUUAUAGUAAGAUGCAUAUACAAUAAACGAUUAUCGCAUCAAAAUCAUAAAAUAACAUUGUCUAAUGAAGGAUUGAAAACGAAUAUUGAACCACAUAAUGUAAGUUAUGAGAAGUUGAUAACUUCAAAUUGUGGUCCGAAUAAUAAUAACAAUAAUAUUCAGCCUUUUACACAGAUUAAUGUCAAUCCUCUCAAUAGUAACCAAAAUCACAAAAUAUGCACUGAUUUUAUUUCCAUAUCUUCCAAAUUACACAAUGAAGAUUUGAGUAAUCUACAGGAAAUCGAUAGUAUUCAACAGAUAGACAAUCGAUUAAAUGAUGGAAAUAAACGUUACCCAGGUGAUUUAUUAAAUAAUAACAAUAAAAGUAUAUUACAAACAAAAUUAUUAAAUCAUUCAAUGAAACAAGAAACACCUUCACCACAAAGUAGUGAUAUGGGUUAUUUAACAUCAAAUGCAUCUCAAAAUUGUGAAAGUCCAAUUGAUUUAAAUCCAAAUCAUAAUGAAUACAACUCUUCAAUAAAACAAUUAAAACCUAGAGUUUAUUAUACAUUAAGUGUAAGAUCUGGAAACCAUUUCCCUGAAUUAAUUUAUUCUUUAAAUAAUACAAAUGAAAAACAUCAUUUAACAUGUUCAAUGGAUCAAGAUUGUUCAAUAUCUGAUAGCUCAUUAUCACCAAAACAAAUAUCUUGUUCUCUUGAAUCAUAUUCAUUUCAUCAACAUUCUGGCAAGCAUCAAAAUAAUACAAACGUUUGUCAUGAUAAGACAUUAGAUCAAACUUCCUGUCCAAUACAUGGAUUAAUAAAUAAGAAUGAUAAUGAUUUCAAUUCAAGUUAUUUAAUACAAAAUCAUAGUAAUUCUGAUUGUCCAAUACACGGAAGUAACUCUUUUACAAAUUUAGACAAAUCUUCUCAUAAAAAUGAAAAAAAAGGGACUAAAUAG